AUGAGUAACACACCCAACAAGUCGGGUCUGACCACUCGCGGGCCUAUGCCAGCGUUCGGCAAUUUUGGCGCGCACCAGGCAUCCGCGUCGCUGCUCCUUCAAAAAUCCAAUCCAGGCUUGGGCAGGUCAACCCCCGAUUCCGAGGCGCUGGCUUCUUCAGACGACGAACCCGACCACGGAAAGACUGGUGGUGGCAGCAACGUCAAGCCCAACCGGAAUGUGCGAAGAACUUCCUGGCUAAAUGAUGUCUCAUUGGCGAAUGCGAAUCGCAAACCCUCCAUCACAGGCCCUUACAGCCCUUCCACCUCCCAUCCAGGAACUCCUGGAGCAGAACCCUUGCCUUGGGGAAACCCCAACCCCAACGCGACAGGGCCGGGAGCAUGGCCCAACUCCGCCACAUCGUAUCCUUGGCCUACCAUUUGGAGUCAGGAUGGGCGGAAAGAUCCACCAUCCCGCCUUCAGGAAGUCCUACCCACGAACGGUGAAGGCGGAAUACCAUUCUCCAUUCCUCUCCAGCCGACGCCAAAGACCUACCGCUCACAAUCAUAUUCAGUGGGCCAGCUCGACACGACUACGGCGCCACCGACUAAUCCCAUCUCAACCUCAAUUGAAGCCACCCGCAGCAGGCUCGGAAGUCAAUACCCUUUGCAGAGACGCACCUCGAGAACCAGUGGACUUGGUGUGAUGGAGCCCGGCGGGCUGGGCCGACUGCGAGAGGUAGAGGACGAUGAGGAGGAGCAGCGAGGCAAUAUCACUCCCGACGCCAUCAGUGCUGAACAGGCUCGUAUGAUUGAGAGGCUGGAAAAAGAGAAUGCUCAGCUUCGUCACGCUGCUCAAAAUCGGGAUCGUGGUUUCCCGACAACCGCGACGACUCCGGUCCAACCUCCUGGGUUUCGGAAUACACGCCUUCGAAGCGCUGUGCCAGAAGAGGCUGAGACUGCGAUUGAUGAUAGAGAAGACCUCGCGGGUUUCCCUGGUCGUGAUAGCAACGCCCGUCGCAUGAGUGAACAAACCCUCGGGUUCGCUGAAAGACAGCCGCUGUCCCCCGGCGAGAAUCGCACCUUUGAUGGAAUCAAAAAGGCACACUGGCAAACUUCCCUUGGAUUUGGCCCAAUCCCCGAAGCUCCCCAGAGCCGACGACAUUCGUUCGCUGACGUACCAACUCGCCAUGGAUCCUUCAGCUCGAACGGUGAGCAGAUACUGCAAAUGUUGCUUUUACAGUUUCCCGGGACUAAUUGGUUAGGUCGCGACGACGAUGCGACGGCGUAUGAAAGCGGAUCCCAAGCGUUAUCCCAAGGAGAUGAUCGUAAGUUGGCCCUGGCUUUGACCCUAGCCAUGAUGCACCCAGAUGAGGAUCAAAUGAAUUAUACGUACUUACGUGACCGCCACUUUGCAGCUGCCUAUUUUAACACGACCGAGUCCACCCGACGUGCUGCUGAUGCUCGAGUCCAUCAGCACCACCGCGAUCCCCAACUUUACGGACAACACCUCGGUGUUGGAGCGUUUAUCGAACCGGCGGCCCAACCGCUUUUCAUCGUCAACUUCAAGUGUUGUCGCUCAGAUGUCUUCUACAUCCAAGAGGGGACCGGCCUCCACGUCAAUGUCGGUGACCUGGUCAUUGUGGAGGCAGAUCGAGGCACCGACCUGGGCACGGUUCAACAUACGAAUGUGACGUGGGAAGACGCUCGCCGUUACAAAGAAUAUUACGCCGAGGAACAUUAUAAAUGGUUGAUGAUGUUCUCACUGCAGAGUCGGAAUGGCGGGCCCAACGUCGUCAACCCCAACGGCAUUCCUGGUCGGCAUGGUAGUGCGGUGGGAGGCAUGGGCCCUCAAGGCCAUCAUGGCCCUCACGACUCUGCCGGUCCCGAUCUCAAGCCAAAGAUGAUCAAGCGACUGGCACAGAAUCAUGAGAUUCAAGCCUUAAAGGACAAAGAGGGCAACGAGGCCAAAGCCAAGCGUGUCUGUCAGCAAAAGGUUCUGGAGCACCGACUGAACAUGGAGAUCCUUGACGCUGAAUUCCAGAUGGACAGCAAGAAGCUCACAUUCUACUAUUUUGCUGACAAUUACAUCAACUUCAAUCACUUGGUCACUGACCUCUUCAAGAUUUACAAGACCCGAAUCUGGAUGUCCGCCAUCAACCCUGCGUCUUUCCAGACCCCGACCGCUUCGCUCGGUAUACAGCCUGUUUAUAGCACCGCUCCUGGUGAUGAGCGCCAUCGCAGACGACAGCAACAGACCCAGCAAGCUCCCAAUCUCGGUCACCAGGCCGUCACCACGCCAUUUGGAGACACCUUUGACGCGGACCGAAACUUCAACAACCAUCAGAACCAGGGCAUGCGAAACGCCUUUUACAAUCAAUUCCAGGAUGUUGGGGCAGGACCUCAACAGAUGCAGCCGGGAGCAUCGCCAUACGCUCCAGGCAUGCAAGGUCAGAUGGAUCCCUUCAUGUCGUUCUACGGUCAACCCUUCCCACCUCUCAACCCCAAUGCGCCAAACUUCGCAAGCAGCCGCCCGGACUUUAGAGGAAGAGCACCAAACCCACCUGGCGAUGUCAACUGGAUGGGACGAUUCCAAGGGCUCUCACUCGGUUCCUGA